AUGCACUAUAAUGGCGUGUACCACCUCUUCUACCAAUACAACCCCUACAGUGUAGUGGCCGGCAACAAGUCGUGGGGGCACUCCACAUCGACUGACCUCAUCAACUGGACACCACAAGAUCCUGCCAUCGACCGGAACAAGCCCUACGACAUCAAUGGAUGCUGGUCCGGUUCUGCAACAAUCCUUCAUGGCAGCAAGCCUGUGAUCCUUUACACAGGCAUUGACACAGAGAAACGGCAAGUCCAGAAUGUCGCGAUCCCGAAGAACCUGUCGGAUCCAUUCUUGAGGGAAUGGACGAAGCCUGAUUACAACCCGAUAAUGGAACCGAUCGAUGGGAUCAAUGCAAGCCAGUUCAGAGACCCAAUGACCGCUUGGCAUGGCUCUGAUGGCCAUUGGAGGGUGGCUGUGGGGGCUGAGAUUGAGGGAAAUGGCACGGCCAUCUUGUACAAGAGUAAUGACUUUGUGCAUUGGGUGAGAGCUGCAUCUCCCUUGCAUACUUCGAGAGGCUCGGGCAUGUGGGAGUGCCCUGACUUCUAUCCAGUGCUAUCAAAGGGAAGGCAAGGGUUGGAUACCUCUGAGAAUUCCAGAGAUGUGAAGCAUGUGCUGAAGAUGAGCUUGGCCGAGACGCAGAGUGACCAUUAUAUGUUAGGAAGGUAUGAUCUUGAGAAGGAUGUUUUUGUACCAGACAAAACGGUCGACGAUUAUCGGGAAUGGUUAAGGUAUGAUUACGGCAAAUUCUAUGCUUCAAAGACAUUCUUUGAUGAAAAGAAGAAGCGGAGGAUCUUGUGGUCUUGGUUGAAUGAAUCGGACAGCAAGGCUGAUGAUUUGUUAAAGGGGUGGGCUGGAAUUCAGGCAGUUCCCAGGACUAUCUGGCUAGAUAGCAAUGGAAGGCAACUGGUGCAGUGGCCCGUUAAAGAGCUUGAAUCUCUAAGAAGAACUGGAGCCCAUUUGCAUAAUACAGAGCUCAAAACAGGAGGCCUCUUCGAAAUCAAAGGAGUAAAAGCUUCACAGGCAGAUGUUGAAGUAGAUUUUGAGUUACCAAACCUUGAGAUAGCAAAGCCCUUCGAUCCUUCUUGGUUGAUAGACCCUCCAAAGCUUUGUCGGGACGAGGAUGCUUCUGUUCAAGGUGGGCUUGGGCCCUUUGGGCUGUUGAUCUUGGCUUCUCCUAACCUAGAGGAACACACUGCUGUCUUCUUCAGGGUAUAUAAAGCUCACAACAGAUACAGGGUUCUUUUGUGCUCUGACCAAAGGAGGUCCUCUUUGAGACCAGAAGUUGACAAGCCAGCAUAUGGGAGCUUUGUGGAUAUAGACAUAAAAAAGGAAGGAAAGAUUUCUCUGAGGACCUUGAUUGAUCAUUCAGUUGUAGAGAGCUUUGCUGGUGGAGGGAGAACAUGCAUCACUGCUAGAGUUUACCCUGAAGUCCUUGUGACAGGAGACAUCCAUCUAUAUGCAUUCAACAAUGGAACUGAGACCAUAAAGGUUUCGAAACUUCAGGCAUGGGACAUGGCCAAACCUUGGAUAAAUGUAGAAGGUGAAUAGAUAGUCACGAGAAAUCUACUUGGAGGAGACUGUUGGUCAUAUUCUCAAUUUGUCUGAAACCUCAUCUAAUUCAUGUAACCAAAGACAUAAAAAUACACCUGCCCUUU